AUGGAUCACCCCAUGCAGGAUGCCGCAGCCGACGUGCUGGCGGAUGCUAGACGUACCCUCGAGGCUCUGAAGAGCUCUGGAGUUUCCCGUGAAGCACUAUUGCAGAUGUGGGAAGCUGGCGACAAGGCGGCUCAGCAACAGCAACAGCAACAACAGAUGCAGCUUCAGCUUCAGCACCAACAACAGCAGCAGCAACACCAACAGCAUGCCCCACAGGAUGUCGCGAUGGAGGAUGCUUCUACACGAGCGAUAUGCCAUGGCCAAAUAGGUCAUAAGCCACGCAUCUCCGUAUCAUCGACGAGCUCGGGCUCUUCCGGCCAUGCGAGUAUCUGGUCCAUGGGCUCCGCUGCCUCCAAUGCCACCGUCUCGACACAUUACUCCCAAGCUUCGCAGACCCCUUCCACCCAGCAGUGCGCGCCCGCAGCUCCCGGAGGCGUGCCCCAGGUAGCAAGCGCUCAGACAGGAUGGGGUCCCGGACGCUUCAACUUUUACUGGUGUACCUCAUGCGAAACGAGAUUUAAGCGCAAGUACGACUGGAAGCGUCACGAGGAGGAGUUCCAUGAGCGUUGGAAGAAGUACCCUUGCCCCGAGCCUGGCUGCAACAGGAGCUUCUGGGGAGCCAACACCUUCAACCAGCACCACAAGGCUUCGCACGGCUGCAAGUCUUGCCCGCACUCCGAAAAGGUUGUCAAGUAUCUGAAGAGGAGAAAGUACUGGGCUUGCGGCUUUUGCUCGGCCCUGCACCCUUCGAGAGAACGUCAUGUCGAGCACGUCGCCAGACACUUCGAAUCAGGAAAGACGAAGUCGGAUUGGAUGCACUCAAGAGUUAUCUACGGCCUCUUGCAUCAGCCUCUGAUCCACGAGGCUUGGAAAGAUGUGCUCAUGUCCAAGGCCAACGAGUUCCAGGGACGUCAGCCUAACUUCAGCUGGAAUCCUACCCAGACUGGUCGAGCGCAGGGUUUCAUGGAGAACGAGAGCCCAGGCCAACUUCAAGAUUUGCUCGAAUUCUUCUCUGGGUCCAGCUCUGAGGCCGAGUCUAUUGUCCUGAUUGCCUACAAGCUGGCGGAUCUCGUCUACCUUCCUGUUCCGGCCUCGCCGCCAAUGCAGUAUUCUCAAUGCUACGCACCUCCUGCUGCUCUCCCUCAACAAUACCCCCCUCAGCCUCUUCUUCCUCCUUCGAUACCUUCCCAAACUCUUCCGACACAAUCACCUCAACCUCCAGUUCUGGCGUCACAGGAUUCAUCACCCUCGCCGUACAUGGAACAAAUGAGGGCUCAGUCAAUGAUGCCGCAGCCUUUGUUCCACCCUCAACAGCCGCGCGCGCACACGGAACCUCUGCGUCGAGCAUCACUUGACAGAGAGCUUCCGCCGCCGCCACAAGAAAAUCAACCGAUGAAUUUCCAAUUUAUGCCUGAAAAUAUGGUCACAUUUGAGGACUGGGAGAGUUUCUCCAGCACAGUCGUCGACGAGAAUGCACCACAACCCACGCCAAUGACAACAGAUUGGCCGCUGGUGCCUGUACAAUAUUACAAUGCCCCUGUAGGGCCAUGA